GACGUGCCGGAGCGCGCACGGAUACAAGCAGACAGGAAAAAGGGGCGGCCUGUAUGGUCCCUCUACCGGCACGACUUCAGCACAUAUAGCUAGUUCUCUUCUUUUGGUACUCUCCUGUUUCUUCUUUCUUUCUGUUCGCCUUUCGUCACCUGCUGUCUGUGUCCGCCUGUGGUUCGUGGUCGUGAGCUGUGGACAUGGCGCAGCCGGACAACAAGAAGUUCUUCGAGAAUCUCACCGGAGCCGGGAAAGCCAUCGCGGUGCUGACGAGCGGAGGAGAUGCUCAAGGGAUGAAUGCUGCGGUGCGGGCUGUGGUCCGAAUGGGAAUCUAUGUGGGAGCCAAAGUUUACUUUAUUCAUGAGGGAUAUCAGGGUAUGGUGGAUGGGGGUGAUAACAUAAAGGAGGCCAAAUGGGAGAGUGUCUCCAGCAUGCUGCAAGUGGGUGGUACUGUGAUCGGCAGUGCGCGGUGCAAAGAAUUCCGCACACACGAGGGGCGUCUGAAGGCAGCCCAUAACCUGGUACAGCGUGGCAUCACCAACCUGUGCGUGAUUGGUGGAGAUGGCAGUCUUACAGGGGCCAACCUGUUCAGGGAGGAGUGGAGCGGGCUGCUGACUGAACUGGUCCAGCAGGGUCUAAUUGAAGAAGAUGCUGUACAGCGGUAUUCAGCACUCCACAUUGUGGGCAUGGUAGGAUCCAUUGACAACGACUUCUGUGGCACCGAUAUGACCAUUGGAACAGACUCGGCUCUCCACAGAAUCAUCGAAGUAGUGGACGCCAUCAUGACCACCGCUCAAAGCCAUCAGAGGACAUUUGUUUUGGAGGUGAUGGGCAGACACUGUGGCUACCUGGCACUGGUGAGUGCUCUGGCAUGUGGAGCCGACUGGGUUUUGAUUCCUGAGAUGCCCCCUGAAGACGGCUGGGAGGAGAAGAUGUGUGAGAAACUCUCUGCGACUCGAUCCCGAGGUUCAAGGUUGAACAUAAUCAUAGUGGCAGAGGGAGCCAUUGACAGACAUGGAAAAGCAAUUACCUCUAGUACAGUGAAGGAUUUGGUGGUCCGGCAUCUUGGCUUUGAUACACGAGUGACUAUCUUGGGCCACGUCCAAAGAGGAGGAACCCCUUCGGCCUUUGACAGAAUCCUGGCCAGUCGUAUGGGCGUGGAGGCUGUUCUGGCUCUGCUAGAGACCACAGCUAAUACACCGGCCUGUGUUGUGUCUCUGUGUGGAAACCAGGCUGUGAGGCUGCCUCUCAUGGAGUGUGUGCAGAUGACGCAAGAAGUCCAGAAGGCCAUGGAUGAAAAGAGGUUUGAAGAGGCUGUAAGGCUCCGUGGCAGGAGUUUUGAGAACAAUCUCAGGACCUAUAAACUGCUGGCCCACCGCAAACCGGAAUCUGAACUUCCACACAGCAACUUCAAUGUGGCAGUGUUGAAUGUUGGGGCUCCUGCGGCGGGCAUGAAUGCGGCCGUGCGCUCUGCGGUCAGAGUGGGCAUCUCUGAGGGACACAAGAUGUUUGCCGUCAACGAUGGUUUCGAAGGAUUCUAUAAGGGACAGAUAAGAGAGAUUAAAUGGGGAGAUGUAGGUGGCUGGACAGGUCAGGGAGGGUCCUUGCUGGGAACUAAAAGGACACUUCCUGCAAAGCACGUUGAUAAAAUUGCUGAGCAGAUGCGAAAAUACAACAUUAAUGCACUGCUGGUCGUCGGAGGAUUUGAGGCCUACCUGGGAAUCAUGGAGUUGUUAGCAGCUCGCGGAACAUAUGAGGAGUUGUGUUUUUGCAUCCCGAUGUGUAUGCUGCCUGCCACCAUUAGUAACAAUGUACCUGGCACUGACCUUAGUAUCGGGGCAGACACUGCCCUUAAUGCCAUCGUGGAGACAUGUGAUCGUAUCAAGCAGUCCGCCAGUGGGACAAAGCGCCGUGUGUUCAUCAUUGAAACCAUGGGGGGCUACUGUGGUUAUCUGGCCAGCGUGGGUGGACUUGCUGCUGGGGCUGAUGCUGCUUACAUUUAUGAAGAGCCCUUCGACAUUCGGGACCUGCAGUCCAAUGUGGAGCACUUAACAGAGAAGAUGAAGACUAGUAUUCAGAGAGGACUCGUUUUGAGGAAUGAGAACUCUAAUGAGAAUUACACAACGGACUUCAUCUACCAGCUUUACUCGGAGGAGGGCAGAGGUGUUUUUGACUGCAGGAAGAAUGUACUGGGUCACAUGCAGCAGGGAGGAGCUCCAUCUCCAUUUGACCGUAACUUUGGCACUAAAAUCUCCGCCAAGGCCAUGCAGUGGAUCUCGAAGAAGCUGAAAGAAAGCUACAGGCAAGGGAGAGUGUUUGCUAACACAGAGGAUUCAGCAUGUUUGUUGGGGAUGCGUCGCCGUGCCCUUGUCUUCCAGCCUGUGGUUCAGCUGAAGGAGGAGACAGACUUUGUUCACAGGAUUCCAAAGGAGCAGUGGUGGCUGAAGCUUCGUCCCUUGAUGAAGAUCCUGGCGAAGUACAAGACAAGCUACGACGUGUCUGACUCUGGUCAGCUGGAGCACGUCGUCUGCAACCGCACCAAGGAGUCGGACACGAGCUCCGCUAUCUGAGUUUGUGGGGGGGUCACGGCAAAUUCUGAGCUGACCCUGUAGACAGCCUGGUCUGUUAAAGUGUGUGCUGACGCAGAUGCUUCGUCCUUUCCUCUUAUCGUGGACCGGCACUACAUCGUCCUUUUCAUCACGUCGUUAUGAAGCCCCAUUCACCCCCUUGUCGUUUUCGCCUGAGAACUAAAGCGCCGUACAGAUUGUAGGAGAGUCCAGGGACUGGCCGCGUCCGGCCUGAGUCCUCAGGCUUUUAGUGUUUGUCUAUGCUGCAAGCCACAACACGCUGACUUCCUAGCGCCAGGAGCAGCAGCUAGAGUAGUUCCACCUGUUAGUCUCCAGCUGGUGAUGCAGCAUGUCUGUAAAUGCGAUGCAAUCCAGCUCCUGUCUCUCAAGCACAGUUUGGUGUGUGAAUGUGUGAACAUCAUUAUGUGCUGACAUUUAUUUGCUUGACCAAUAAAGAUUAUGUACACCUA